UGAUACGAAAGAUUUUUCCUCUCUCUCUCUCGCUCAACAGAAUGGCACCCCCCGCAGCAGCCAGCUCCGCCUUCAGCCCCUGGCAUCACCGAGAACAAUCUACAAAAUGAUUUGAUGGAUUUAAUGGCAUAAAAGAAAAUUUGGAGCUCCUUUACCUUGUUGGUAUCAACUGCCGGCAGAGCUACACGUUAUAUUUAUAAGAGAAAAGCCUCGUGCAUAGCUUGUCCAUGAACCUUAAUCAACAUAGCAAAUCUGAAUACAUAUGUGAGAAAACCAGAAAUGGAAGGAGGUAAAGGUCCGGUAUGUGUAACCGGUGGAACAGGUUUCAUUGCUUCUUGGCUGAUUAUGAGGCUUCUUCAAUCUGGUUAUGCUGUUCGAACCACUGUUAGACCCGAUCCUGAACGCAAGGACAUCCGCUAUCUCACAAACCUACCAGGAGCAGCAGAAAAGCUUCAGAUCUUUUAUGCAGAACUUGAGAAACCAGAUAGCUUCAAUGAGGCCAUUCAGGGCUGUACGGGAGUCUUUCAUGUAGCUCAUCCCAUUGAAUUGGCUUAUAAAGAAUCGGAAGAAGUCGUCACUAAAAGAUCCAUAGAAGCAAGCAUAGGAAUUUUAAAAGCAUGUGUAGCUUCAAAGACAGUGAAGAGAGUUGUUUAUACUUCGAGCAUCAUCACUGUUUUGUUCAGCGGAAAUGGAAAAGAGAUGGUAGAUGAGAGUGCAUGGACUGAUGUUGAUUUCUAUAGAAGUCUAAACCUGAUGAGGACUUCAUAUGUAGCUGCAAAGAUAAACACAGAAAGGGCUGCUCUAGAAUUUGCCAAGGAGAAUGGAAUGGAUCUAGUGACUUUGGUUCCUUCUCUUGUUCUUGGUCCCUUCAUUUGUCCAAAAUUACCUAGCUCAGUCUGCAUGGGACUAGCUUUGAUUUUAGGCAACAAGAGUCAAUAUUUUAUCAAGUCCAAUAUGGUGCACGUAGAUGAUGUGGCAAGGGCAUACAUCUUCCUGUUUGAAUGUCCGAAUGCUAAAGGAAGGUACAUAUGUUCCUCAGAUGAAGCAUCACUGACUGAAAUGUCUGAAUUUCUCUCUGCUAGAUAUCCACAUCUUCAAAUUCCAACACCAGACUCCUUGAAGGACGUUAAAGGAUAUGAAACUUGUAGCAUUUCAUCCAAGAAGCUCUUAGACUGUGGAUUCACAUAUCAAUACAGUCUCGGAGAUAUGUUUGAUGGAGCAAUUCAAUCUUGCAAAGAAAAAGGAUUCCUUUGAAGUCAUUACUUUUUAAUUUAAGAUCAAUAUCAUGCUUUUCAUAAAUUUUAUACCUUCAAUUUUUAAAUUAUUUUAUAUGCUUAUUUCAAUGGUUAUAUAAAGAAGUAUGUAUUUCAUUUUAUUGAACUUUGAAUUCAGUGUCUUGAAAAGAUAAAAAAUGACAAGUACAAAAAAUAAAAUUGU